AUGUCCCAAGAUGAAUUAAUUGUUUUCUUGCAAUAUAAUAAUUUUCUUGUACCUGGCAUGAUGUGUGCAAGGUGCGGAAAACGCAUGUUUUUUAAAAAAUAUAAUAAGGUGAAAGAUAAAAUGGUAUGGUCAUGUACAUUCGCUUCCUGUACCAAUUAUAGGAGAUUUAUCUCCUCCAUGACGCGCAACCAGCCCAUGACAAUUAUUAAAUAA